CUCCACGUUCUCCGCCCCUCACCCUCCAUCUCAAGCAAGUCCCAGUCUCACACAUCUCUCUGCGCCAGCCAUGCCUCCUCAGGCCUCCACCAGCCAUUCGCAGGCAGCAGCGACAGCAGGGCCUUCAUCUCCCUCUUCCUCGCACUCCUCGCCCGCCGCACUGCGGCAUCUCGUGCUCGACUACCUCACACAUGCGGGCUACAAGGGCACCGCACUAGCACUCGCGCGCGACGGCGCACGCGGAGACGACGAGGUGCAGGCAUUGCAGAUGGGCAUGGCGGCCAAGAGCGGCGACAGCGCCAUGGCGCCGCCGCUGUCGCAGGGCGCGGCAGAUAAGGACGAGGAUGAGGAGAUGGACGGCGCUGGUGCAGCGGCGGAGAGCAAGGGCAAUGGAAACGGCAAGGCCAUCUCAGCGACGGAGGGAGUGAGCGUGGGAGAGCUGAGCGCAAGGGAGAUCGAACAGAUGGGCUGGCGCAGCGAGAUCCGCUCUCUCAUUCUGCACGGCGACAUCUACGCCUCUCUAGCACUUCUCGACGCUCAUUUCCCUUCCGUCCUCGAUCCCUCGUUCCACUACUACGACCCGCCCGGCGAGACGUCCGUGUCGCCACGCAUGGCCGUGCCGGCCUACGCCUCCUCGCUCGAUCCGGCACAUUUGGCGCUCAACCUGCAAAUACAGGCCUUCAUCGAGAGUGUGCGCAACAGUUCGCAUCCGGGAGAUGCAUCGGACGAUUCCACGCCUACUUCCUCACGCUCCGGAGCUUCAAGUCCGUCAGAUGCGGGCUCUACACCUCCGGCCGAGCGCGAGGGCGGCGCAAAGGCGGAGGAUGAGGCAGGCGGGCGAGGCGAAGGAGUGUAUGGCGCGUUGCAUCUGGUGCAGUCGAUCAAUGCGCGCGUCCAACGGCUGCCCGAGUACUGGCGCAGCAUGUACCUCAAGGAACUCGAGGGCGUCACUGCGCUUCUGGCCUACGGCGAUCUGAAGCAUUGUCCAGUGCGCAAGUAUCUCGACCAGCAUCGUCGCGUCGCAUUAGCAGAGCAGAUCAACUGCGCCAUCCUCGUCUCGACGGGACGCUCAUCGCAGCCAUUGCUAGAGGCGGCCGUGAGACAGACGACCUUCGUAUGGGCGCGCCUUGCCGAAGAGAGGAUUGCAGUGCCGGCGAAUCAUCCACUGCUGGCCAGCGCGCCGGCUCGCUCGCAUUGGCUGGAAUCGACGGAGACGACUUCUAGCUCGCAGUACGCCGCCGCGAGUAGUAGCGAGGAUCCGCGCAAACUCAGAGGCAGAAUUCUGCCGCCGUGGGACCUGCACACGUUCCUCGCCGAGCGAUAGACGACUAUCCCAGCACGUCGCACUCCUUUCCCUCCUCCUCUGACGACCCUGCUGGCGAGAGCACCGCUGCUCUCCUCGCCUUACGCUCAUAUCCUCCACUCAUCCCGACACAUUGCUCCUCCGCCUCGUCCAUCCCUCUGCAUCAUGCUGCGUCCCAUCGUGUAUCAUCUCCCUCUUCUCUGCAUCGUCCGCCAUUCUCUCUCUCAUCGCCGAUCUCGCUGUCGCCCUCAAUACAUCUCACUCAACCCCUGCGGCAGAGCAUGGGAUGAUAUAGAGAUUGCUGCGCCGUGCGCUGCCGGGGUCACCGAUGCGCUGAUCAACAGCCUCGCGCGCCGGCCGCCGCAUCAUGCAGAGGCAAAGUCAGCCGGCAGCGUCCAAUCCACCUGCUCCUGGUUCGCC